AAUACCUUCCUGCGGCUUGAUAGUGAAGAAAACUUGAUUCAGCGGGCCGAGGAUCUCGUCUACUUUUCCGAUCUGAGACUUAUUCUCGAGGUAGAUUGGGGCGUUGAAGUAGGGGAUCUUGGUAUUGAUAGAUUGGCACACCAUCUCGCCUUCGCAAGAGUGGAUGAAGGAGCCCAUCGCUGCCACCAGCAUAUGGUCAAUUUAGUUAGUUUUUUUUUCUUUUCAACAAACACAAAUUGGGAUCCGAUGCAGAAACAAAUAAAGGUGUGUGUAUAUGUACCAAGGACGCUGUCCGGAGGCCCUGUUGGUCCCGAGAACCCCCCGCGACCGCCUGUUAUCGAAUAGAUAUAUUAGCAUCAGGUGCUAUCCACAAUUGCGACCCACUCAUCGGAUGCGGAUACAUAUAUAUCGUACCUCGAGAGCCAAACCCACCCCUCCCACCAGACGCACCGCCCCUGAACCCGCCUCCACCUCGACUACCACCACGGAAUCCUCCUCUACCACUCAUUUUGCCGACUUAUGUUUGUGUGCUGGAGGAAUUGAUCCUUUGUGUGUUGGUUGAGUCGCUUGGUUGUCCUGGUCGGUGGUCCUGAAGAUGGAAUAAAAGGAAAUUAUUCCCGUGUCGCUGGGUGGAAAAAUGUACGGACCCCAAGAUACGCCUACAAAGCGUAGCGCUGAGGACGUCAGGCUUCGGAGUGUGAUGCUUCCCUGCAGAUCGUGCAAUGGUGCGACGUAACCUGCGGUUAUCAUGCCUAUUUCAACUCCCCUGAAAUAACAUUCGUCUGAAAACCCACCAUUGCGGCUUUACGGCAAACUCGGAAACCGCAAUCGAUUAAUCGAGCAAGCAAGCAAGCAUAGUAAGACUACCGCCGCUUUCCAGCUCGCUGUCUCGCCCUUCCCCCCAACCCAAUGCUUUUGGUGUCGAGCCCCCUUUACCUUAUGCCCCGAGUUAUUCCCGGAGAUAAGUAGCAACGCCAGGAACAAAGACGAAAAACGAAAAAAAAAAAAAAAGAAUAAAGGAGAAAAAAUAUGGCAACGCGCUCGACACAUCAUAGGUCUAAAUCCGCGGACGUCCGUCGGACGCUGUUUCGCUCGUUGAGUCGGUCUACGGCUAAUACUGGGAUGGAUAACGCUUCUACUGCUACUUCGUCGUCGGCUUCCUCUGGACUGGGAGGAGGAGGCGGUGGUGGAGAGGAGGAUGACUCGGUGGGGAAUGUGAGUGGGAGUGAGAGUAUUAUUGUUCGGAAAUCGGAUGGGACUUUUGACAUCGAGGCCCCGCCUGUGGUUGGGAUACAUGAGCAUUUGGGGCUACAGGAGAUCGAGAGGGAAUGUAGGGGAAUCCUUUCUUCUCUCUCCAUCUUGGAAUGUGUGCUAAUCUGGAUGUCCCAUCGCCCAAUAGUGGUUGAGCAACACAGAGCUGUUGGGAGACACAAUGUUGAUAUAACUAAACGGCUGCCAGGUAUCUCCUCCUUGGACCUCCGCUCCCCAUGCCCUUCACUUAUGUUUGUACUUAGAACUUCUGCGAAUGAAGGUCCUGUCGUUGCAACAGGACAACUGGAUGUACGAGGUGGAGGAUGAGGCAUAGUUUCAACUGGAGAUGGGCGGGCGGGCUUUCCCUUUUAGUUUCACAUUCUGACUCUCAUGCACGGCGUUCUGCUGUUAUAUCCCACUUCCCCCCGGUGCAUUAGCAAGGUGUUUGGGUCAACUAUACCAUCAAAAUUUCAACCAUCA